GACAAACGCGUCGACCGCAUCUCAUUCCGCAACGAGACCCCGCCCGAAUGAUGGGCGAUCCGUAGUCGGCAUGGACUUUUGGACGAGAUUGCUCGGCGGGUCCCAGAAGAAGCAGGCCGCCACCAACAACCCCCAACAGCGUCUGGUACGCUUCAAACAGAAAUACAACCAGAUAUUGCAAAUAUGGCACAAGACACACUCCCUCUCGAACGAUGGGGAGGCCUGUGGAGACAUCUCUCGCGGUUUCCAGUUCCUCACCACGACCUUGAACGAUGAGUCGCGAUCCCCGGCGCCUCACCUCUGCCUCAACUUCGCGGCCUCCCAGCAAAUCUAUACGGCAGUCUCUAAGAUUGCAGCGACGUCGCACGAUGAGCACGUGGUCAGGGACGGAGUCGGCUUCUACGCAGCGCUCAUCGACAGCGAGGAGGAGGACUUUCUCGAAAAUGAUGUAUUCGCCGCAUCCCUCAUGAACUUCAUCGGUCGAACAAUUGGCGCAGGGAGCAUGGGUGUUGGCGAGGACAUAGAAGCUGACAUCGUGGAGCUGCUAUUUGGCAUCGCGGCAAAGAUCAGGUUGCAGCCGGAGAUACUGCCCGUCUGGUUCACGACCCAUGCUGCGGAUUCAAACGGUCGCCUCGUAAAUCAAAAGGUAGACUUUGCGGGCAUAACGCAGAAGGAGGACUUCCCACUGUGCUACCAGCUCAUCGACCACGUACAUCAUGAAGGUCGCAUUGGAGAUUUUGCAAGGACCGGACUGCUCUACAUAUUCGAUUCUUCAUCGAAAUCGCAUGCCUUGGAGCAAUGGAUAGUGAACAGUGAUCUUCCAACGCUCAUGGCUACCGGCCUUGGAGCGCUAUAUAGUCAGCUCAGCAGAAAGUUGUCUAUCCUGCACCCGCGGAAAGACCUGCCCCUGAUACUGAGCCUCUCGGACUAUGUGGAGAUGCAAUCAAACCCACAAGCCGAUAGUCUCUUCUCCCCUGACUUUCAGGUUCACCUAGAGACCUUCCUUUCCUACCUCACUUUCUGGCAAGAUGUGCUUGAGCAUUGCGGAUCGACCGAAGUCCGACACACCUUGAUAGACCACUUCCAAGUUCUAUUUCUUCAACAAUUACUGUAUCCCUCGCUAUUGGAGUCUUCUGACGUCGACGGUGGCUCUGCUGUGGCGGUCCUUACAUAUCUACGGCGCAUACUCGAUGCGCUAGACCACCCCGAGCUUGUCCAUAUGAUCCUUCACUAUCUUCUUGCACUCCCAGAUUACACACCUUCCUCUCCGCGUACUCCUCGAUCCCCAGCAGCCAUCAAACGGCGACAAUCUCUAAUGCUGCUCGGUGCGCCAGAAAAAGAAGAUGACCGCAUGAACCCCUCGCUAUUCAACUUAGUCGACCUCGUUUUGAGUAGCACGGAAUCGCGGAAUCCCCAGACCGUGAUCGCAGCGCUAAAACUCACCACCGUCAUUCUCGGCAAGAAUCACGGUUACGCGCUUGGAUCCCUAAUCAAAAUCAUCGACGCUCACCACAAAGAACCCAAUCGAACCGUUGGUGCGUUAAAUACCGAGCUGGCGACAUAUCUUAGCCUAGCUGUCGGUCUUGCAGGUGAAGCUGGCGUAGAUGACGCAUAUAACAGUCAUUUAAAAGAUAAGAUGAGCUUGCUCGAGAGUCAUCCGUGUUCCCUCAAAGCUCUCGCCUUGCCAGUCUCGCCUUCUCACAGGCUAGAAUUUUUUGAGUCAGAAAUAAGUCCUCGAGAUGUUGGACCGCACUACCUUAUUCCUGAAGAUCCGCUAUUUAGGUCACUCCUUGAUCUACUACUGCGGUUUUUGACGAAUGACGUCGAAACCAACCUGGGACUCACAGAAACUAUCAUCACCCUUGGUGCUUGCUCCCAACUCAGACUGGAAGGCUGGAUUUCGGUUGAGCCCUCCAAUUACCACUUCCAGGCUGCCGAGCCAGUGCCCGAAGAAUUCUCGACUGAGAAUCUGCGAGAUAUGUGGAAAGCAAACCGACAGCCGAGAUGGAAUUCUUCUGCUACACCUCCCUUGCUCGCUUGCCUACAAUCGCUCCAAGGCCAAGUCGAAGCCCUCCGCGCCGACAUCCAAGAUUUUGAUGAACAUGUCACGAACCGAAAGCAAGCAUUCCACGUCCAUGAAGAAAUUUCCGAAGCUAUCAAGUCAACUCCACAGAUCAAAUCAACUCGCCCCUCUACAGAGUUGCCUGCUGGAUCGUGGACCCCACAGGUCCCGAAACAUGUGCUUGAGAGCGCAGGCACCCCAUCGCGGACCCAGUCCCCAAGAGGAAGGAAGGAAGGUCUUGAUCUCAGACACACGCCUACUGCCUCUCCGGCGCCGUCGAAGUUCGGAGGGCAGACGUUAGUUGGAUCGCCUUCACGUGGGAUGUCGCCGUUACCUGCACCGCGAGCUGCCAACCGUCAGUCCACCCUCAUGGCAGAUGUCUUUAGCAAUCUAGCUGAAGUCGCGAAUUCGGAUGUGCUCAAACGGCGCAUACGCUUCCGUCAACCAGCAGAUUCACAGACCGUAGAAGUCAUGUUGUCAAAGUAUCAGCCGCCACCUAAAGAGCCGGUUGAAGGCGGUGACAUGGAGGCUGAGAUGAAGGAUGAUAUCAGGGAAGCGAGUCUAGGCCAUAUUAUUACGAAUGUGGUUAUCUUGCAAGAAUUUGUACUCGAGGUCGUGGCUUUGAUGCAAGUCAGAGCGAGCUUGUUCUCCGAGGUGAGAUUUGCAUGACGUGUGCGCAGGAUGCAGACAUGGCACCAAUAGUGUUUAUAGCAUAGUUGUUGGAGGGAUAUACCCGUUUC